AUGCAGGUGUUGUUUCUUAAUUUUCAAAAUCCAUUAUGUGCUAAACACAACACAUCGUUACACGUUUCACAGUUGAGUUAUUCAUCAAAUUUUUUUCAAGUAAAUCCUUGCAGCGAAAUUAAAAAAAUGGCGACAAUGGCUGAAUUUAUACAACAAUCUGAAAUCAAUGAUGGUAUACGUUUUUCUUGGAAUGCUUGGCCUGCUUCUCGAUUGGAAUCUGCUCAAUGUAUUGUACCAAUUGGAUGUUUGUAUACUUUAUUUAAAGAACGUUAUGAUUUUCCACCGAUUAAUUAUGAUCCAGUAUUUUGUACUCGAUGUCGUGGUAUACUAAAUCCAUAUUGUCCGCAUUAUGAAGGAUUAGCAAAUCGUGCUGCACAAAAUCUUCAUGUGAUUGAUAUAUUCAGUUGUUCAUUAGAUCAAACAGGUUUACAUGAAUUACGUUAUUUAACUAAUUACACUGGUGGUCAUAUGAUUAUGGGUGAUAGUUUUGCAUCGAAUUUAUUUCAACAAACAUAUCGUCGUGUAUUUAAUAAAGAUGCUACUGGUUCAUUUCUAAUGGGUUUAGCUGGUCAAAUGGAAGUAAAGACAUCAAAAGAACUCAAAGUGUCCGGUUGUAUUGGACCGUGUUUUUCAGCUAAUAUUAAAAUGCCUAAUACAAGUGAUCAAGAAAUUGGUAUUGGUCGUACAUCAGUAUGGAAAUUAAAUGGUUUCACACCAUCAACUACAUUAGCUAUUUAUUUUGAAGUAGCUACACCGACUAGUGGUGGUGGUGGUGGUGUACAAAUACCACCAGGUAGUAAUGGUAGAGGUUAUGUACAAUUUGUUACACAAUAUCAACGUGCUAAUGGCCAGCGUAAAUUACGUGUUACUACAAUAUGUCGUAAUUGGAUUGAUUCAACUACACAAUUACCACAUAUGAUAUGUGGAUUUGAUCAAGAAGCUGCUACUGUUUUAACUGCACGUAUGGCUAUGUUUAAAGCGGAAACAAGCGAUAGUGUUGAUGUGUUACGAUGGUUAGAUAGGCAAUUAAUUAAAUUAUGUCAUAAAUUUGGUGAUUAUCGUAAAGAUGAUCCAACUUCAUUUCGAUUACCUGGUGAAUUUUCAUUCUAUCCACAAUUUAUGUUUCAUAUGCGUCGAUCACAAUUUUUACAAGUAUUCAAUAAUAGUCCAGAUGAAACAGCUUAUUAUCGUCAUGUUUUGAAUAAAGAAGAUUGUUCUAAUUCCUUGUUAAUGAUCCAACCAUCAUUGACAUCAUUCAAUUUGGAUGGUAGUGAAGAACCAGUUCUAUUGGAUACAAGUAGUAUACAACCAGAACGUGUACUAUUAAUGGAUAGUUUCUUCUUAAUUCUAAUUUAUGAAGGUGAUACAAUAGCGAAAUGGAAAAAAGCUGGUUAUUUGGAUAUGCCAGAAUAUGCACAUAUUAAACAAAUUCUUGAUAAACCUAGAUAUGAAGCACAAGAAUUGUUAAAAACACGUUUCCCUGUAUCACGUUAUGUUGAAACAGAACAUGAAGGUAGUCAAGCAAGAUUUCUACUGUCAAAAGUCAAUCCAUCAUUGACACAUCAUACAAUGUAUUCAUUUGGUCAGUGUCAAGUAGAUGAUUCCGGUAGUGCAGUACUCACUGAUGAUGUAUCGUUACAAGGUUUUAUGGAACAUUUAAAAAAAUUGGCUGUCUCUAGUUCAACAUAGAAUGGAAUGAAUCAGCAAGUAUGCAUAUAUAUAUAUGUAUAUAUAUACAUAUAUACAGUAGGAAAUUCUACAACCAUUUAUUUCAUAAAAACGCGCAUUAUUAUCUUCAAAAAUGUAGUAAUCAAACAAUUUUAUGGAGUGGGUAGUGUAGUACACGCCUUACUGCUACUACUACUACUCAUCCGUAUAUAACACACAAUAUAUAUGCUUUCUAUUUACACAGACACCCACACACACACAAACAUCUGCACCAUUACACCACUAGUCUGUUAUGUGUUCCAUUUUUCAUGUUAAUUUGAUUGCAAAUCAUAAUUUUCUUUUUUUUAUUUUUACUUGUUUCUUUUUUUUUAAAAAAAAAAUAAUAAACUUUGAUUGGUGUAGACUGUGUAUGUUGUACCUGAAGAAUUGUGUUUUCAUUUACCCCUCCCAUCCUACCAAUCUUUCCC